CGCCGGGACCCGCCCCGCCUGCUCGGGGCCGGGCACCUGCUCGGGGCCCGGCGGCUCCGGGAGCGGCUCGGCUCGGCUCCGCGGGCGCUUCAAGAAACUCAUAUAAACACGAGAGAGAAGAUGACAAGGUCUAGAUCAAGAUCACCACGAUGGAAACAAAGGUCCUUAUCUCCAGCAUUUAGGAGUCCAGAGCACCAUAGGCAAAGGCAUGCUCAUAUUAACUAUGACUGUGAAUAUAAAAGUUUUCGUAAGGACCCAAAGAAACCUAUGCCUUGGAGAACAGAUGAUGAAAAAUACGGACAAAGCAAUUCUAGAUUUGCACCUCAUGGGAAUAACCACCAGAGAAUAUAUGAACGUAGAUCACCUUCACCGAAUCUGAAGAGAAUUCUUAUGGAAGAUGAAUACAGUCAUAAACCCUACAGAACGCAUUCAUCAGAAAGAACUGAAGGCAAUAGGAGAUGCCAGUUACCACCAAAAUACUCGGAAAUGCCGUAUAAAGAGCACGAUCGGCCAUUUUACCACCACAGAACAGAAGAAAGAUACAUGUUUGAUCACUACAAAGUCGCUGGAAACGAAAAAGGAAUGAAACCUUUUCAUAGACCAUUAGGGGCUCCAUGUAAACUUGAAAGAAAAUGGCAUGAAGAUGACUUGAGGCACCAGAGGUUACAUGAAGAGAAGUAUGUUCAGUCACCCAGAAGAGUGUCUGAUGAAUUUACGUCAAGGAGCUCUUUACAGAAGAGGUAUCCUGAAGAUCACGAUUACAGAGAAUAUGGGCACGCGUCUAAAAGGGCUAAGGAAAUGGAGAGGUAUGACGGUGGAGAAGUAGCAAGAAAUUCCAAGUGGAAGCAAGAACGUUCUUUUCCACCCUACCAAGAAAAGGAGGAGCAAAGAAAUCUGGGUGCCCAGUCUCACCGAUCGGCCGAAAGGGAGUACUCGGAGGGUUCUGUCACAAAGAUAGCCUAUGAAUACAGUCACAAGCGGCGCAGGCAUCCAGAUGGGGAAAAGUCUUUUUCAGAUGAUAGAGCUCAGAAGUAUGUGAAGCAGGAAGACCAGAAAUACGGUUCUUCUAAGGGUGCCCGGAAUAGCAAAGAGCUAGAUUACUUUAGUGGUGGAAGAGCGAGACAGACUGAAGAAGGAGGGCAUGUUGAAGUACCUGUUAAAUAUAGUUCAAAGAAGGGCUGCAAUGCAUGCGUUAACUCUUCCAAGAUGGAUGUUGAUCUGAGAUCCUUUAAAAACAAGCAGAAGGAAAGAGUAAGGAAAGAAGGGGAACUCAGGAGUAAAGUAGAUUCCUCCAGUAGCCAGCAUGAUUCAAGUCAUACUGUUUCAGAUGGGAAAAUGUCAGAUGUCAACUGUAGGAGGGAGCAUCUCACAAUCAAAGUGGAUAUGAAGAAAAUGGUGACCAAGUACAGGGCUGCUUCUAGUCAUACUACAGAGAGACAGAUGUCACACGAUCUGGUUGCUAUUGGCAGGAAAAAGGAAAACUUUCACCCGGUGUUUGAGCACAUGGAAUCUGUAACGCGCAAUGUUGAAAACGACCCAUCAAGAGAAUUUACUCAGGAAAUAAUCACAAUUAUCCAUCAAGUUAAAGCCAAUUAUUUCACAUCUUCUGACAUAACGCUGCAUGAACGGUUCUCAAAAAUUCAGGACAAACCAAUUCCAAAUACAAAUGAAGCUAAAAUAAGUUUGGAUCCUGAAAUUCACAGGAGGAUUGACAUGUCUCUAGCAGAACUUCAGAACAAGCGAACUGUGCCGUCAGAAUCUCCUCAGAACAUUAUGAGAGUUUUAGAAGAUCCAAAUGAUCUACGGCAUGAUAUAGAAAGGAGAAGAAAAGAGAGAUUGAAGAAUGAAGAUGAGAGAAUGUUUCAUGUAGAUGGUGCGGCUCCAAGGAAUCAGCAAAGCUGCAGUCUUUCAAAAUUACAAAACUCUCAACUUGAUGGCUUCCAAAAGCCUAUGAGGUUCAUUAAACCACCUUUCAGGAAAUUUAUUGGGAAACCUCACCUGAAUUCCUACUAUUCUUCAAAAACAAGUGAUACUUUCCCUCAUAGACGCAUUAGAGGACACCUUGAAAAUACAGGACCCAUCAGAAGACACUUUAAGAGCAAUUUUGCAGAUGGUCGUUUGCAAUCCCAUUAUAAAUCAGGCUUAGUACAGAAGGGUUUAUAUAUUCAAGCGAAGUACCAGCGGUUACGUUCUGUUGGUGUAAGGGGGUUUACCACUAAUAAAUUCAGAGAUGGAUUUUUGAGGAAAGAAAAGGGAAAUUUAAAUAUUGGGACAGAAACCUGAACUGAGCUCUGAUCCUGAAGUUGAAACAUGUAACACAGCAAAGGGAACACCUGUUCGUUUUUUGCAACUUUGUCAAGACCUAAAAUAGGAUAAAGGAACUAACCCUGUAACUUUCUUGAUUAAAAAUAUCUUUAUUUUUCAGUAGUGGAAUGCUGCGGAACUUUUUUUACAGUUUUAAUAAUUGCUUUUAAAUUACAGUAUUUGAAUGAAACAUUGUAAUAUGUACCUUUAGUUCCUUUUGCAUACCGGUCUCAAGUAAAGAAGUCAUUGAAGGGAGUCCUUAUUUAUUGAAUACCUUUUCUUCUAAGCAUGAUGUUACAGAUGGAAAUUGAGUUGUUAUAUCCAGACGUUUAUAUGUUGGAAGCUUAUUGCUUAUGUAAUAAAAGAAAAAGGAGGAAAAAAAGUGCCUGAAUUGUUUGGUAAUAGCACAUUAGCUCAGGUUUUUCCAAGUAAUGACCUUUUAGGUUGUGCAAUAGAUCUUACACCUCUGUUCAGUCAUUUCCCUAAAACAGUAUUUCGUAUUACUUCAUUUUAAUUUAAUAAUAUUCUUGGGUUUCUGAUGUGUGUAUGUACACUUGUAAAUUGUUAGGAUGUUGAGACAGUUUUCAGUAUUUGAUUAAAAUGAAUGAACAGGCAGGUAUGUAAUGUACUGUAGCAGUAGCUUAUAACUGCACUGAAAGCAUGCUUGGGUUUGUUAGAGGAUUAGUUGGUCUGUAUUCAGAGUUAUUCUGUCUCAUUAUAUUUUUCUUUGUGUGACAUUCUUAAGCAAGCCACAUGUUCUCUAAUUUUUUUUUUUGUCAUAAAUGAUUUGGUGGUUUCCUGGAUUCUGAAAUUGGGGCCUGAAGUGUUUAGUUGCAACAAG